UCUGGGGCGGGCGCAGCGGACGACGGUCGCGUCCUGCGAGAGCUGAGCUUGUUGAAGUUCCUGCGGCCCGGUUUCUUCCAGCUCGUAUUUCUAGCACGGGGUAGGCGCGGCGCUCCUCCCUUGCGGUGGGCGUCGACGCGGGUCCGGGGCCUGGCCACAGUACACAGAAUGAGUCUGCAUAUCUUAAAUGACGAAAAUGUCCCCAGUGAAAAGAAUUCAGAAAGCUGUGACUUCCUGUUUUCACAACCAGAGCUUACCGGAAGAUCCUCUGUUCUUUGUCUGUCACAGAAAGAAAAUGUACCACCCAAGAACCAGGCUAAAGCAGCCAAGGUGACUUUUCAGACACCUCUUCGGGAUCCACAGACACACAGGAUCUUAAGUCCUAAAAUGACCAGCAAACUUGAGACUCCUUUUGCUUUGGAUGACAAUAUCGGAUUAGAAAACGCUUGCUGUGUCUUUUUACAGAAAGAGAAUCAGCCACCUCUAGCCCCAGUGGAUGACACACCUGUUGAGUUGGCAGCUGAGAUCCUAAGAGCAGAAGGCGAGCUACAGGAGGGAAUCUUGAAUUCCUCAAGCACCUCAGUUUCUACAAGUUUCCUGAAUGCUGAGCUGGUGGCCCCUCCCAUUGAGCCAGUACUGGAGCCUUCCCAUCAGGAACCAGAGCCUAUCUUAGACAGUGAGCUGAUGGUCCCUCCCACUGAGCCUUUGCUGGAGUCUUCCCAUCGAGGACCAGAGCCUAAUUUGAAUGGUGAGCUGUUGGUCCCUCCCAUUGAGCCAGUGCUGGAGCCUUCCCAUCAGGAACCAGAGCCUAUCUUGGACAGUGGGCUGAUGGCCUCUCCCAUUGUGCCAGUGCUGGAGCCUUCCCAUCAGGAACCAGAGCCUAUCUUGGACAGUGAGCUGGUGGCCUCUCCCAUUGAGCCAGUGCUGGAGCCUUCCCAUCAGGGACCAGAGUCUAUCUUGAAUGCUGAGCUGAUAACCCCUUCUAUUGAGCCAGUGCUGGAACCAUCCCAUCAGGAACCAGAGCCUAUCUUGGACAAUGAGCUGAUGGUCCCUUCUAUUGAGCCAGUGCUGGAACCUUCCCAUCAGGAACCAGAGCCUAUCUUGAAUGCUGAACAGAUGGCUCAUCCUGCUGAGCCAGGGCUGAAACCUUCCCAUCAGGGACCAGAGCCUAUCUUAGACCCAAAGGAAGAGACCUUCAGAGACCCAGCAGAAGUUCUAGGUACUGGCCUGGAAUUUGAUUAUCUGGAGCAGUUUGGAACCUCCUCGUUUAAGGAGUCAGCCUGGAGGAAGCAGUCUUUGUACUUGAAAUUUGACCCCCUCCUGAAAGAGAGCCCUUUGCGGCCAAUGCCAGUGGUCCCGGUGACAAAUAGUACACAGGAUACAAAUGAGUCUGGCUCGGGAAAUCCGAUGGAAGGCAAGCUUGUGGAUUUAGAUUUCGUGGGCACUCUGGAUGUUGCUGUGUCCGGCCCACCCCUAUGUGUCCUUGAACCGAGAGGUCUGCUUCCUGCUGAGCCUAUUGUAGAUGUGCUGCAAUACAGCCAGAAAGACCUGGAUGCAGCGGUGAGUGCAGCACAACAGGAGAACCUAGAGCUGAAAAGCAAGUAUGAGGACCUCAACGCAAAGUACUUGGAAAUGGGGAAGAUUGUGGACGGGUUUGAGAAGAUCGUGUACAAGUCAAUGGAGGAGGCUGAGAAACAGAAGGAACUGGCUGAAGACAAAAUCCAGAAGGUCCUAAAGGAGAGAGACCAGCUCACCGCAGACCUGAGCUCUAUGGAGAAAUCCUUCUCUGACCUUUUCAAGCGCUUUGAGAAGCAGAAGGAAGUGAUUGAAGGCUACCGAAAGAAUGAAGAGUCCCUGAAGAAGUGUGUUGAAGAAUAUAUAGUGAAGAUUGGAAAAGAAGGCCAGAGGUAUCAGGCGCUGAAGGCCCAUGCAGAAGAAAAGCUCAAUCUUGCAAAUGAGGAGAUUGCCCAAGUACGCAGCAAGGCCCAAGCAGAGGCACUGGCUUUCCAGGCAAGCCUGAGGAAGGCACAGAUGCAGAUCCAGUCACUGGAGAAGACUGUGGAGCAGAAGACUAAAGAAAAUGAUGAGCUGACCAGGAUCUGUGAUGACCUCAUCUCUAAGAUGGAGAAGAUCUAAGCAAAGCCUAUCACCAGCCCUCUUCUGUCUGUCUGUCCUUGUCUUUGUCUGUCUGUGUUCUCUCUUUUGUGUUGUCUUUUAACCCCUAUUUCUAAGUCACAUUAUUUUGAAAAGACUAAAGUUUAAUUUCAAACUCAGAGUUAACCCAGGUCCUGUCAUUUAAAUCAAGUUCAUUUUUGUGUCUGUUUUCCCAGUUAAUUCAGCUUGUUUGAAAGUGCCUCUCUGCAGUCCCUACGUAACAGUGGUUCUCACCCUUCCUAAUGCUGUGCCCCAUUAAUAUGGUUCCUCAGAUUGUACUGACCCUCAACAAUAAGAUUAUUUUUGUUGUUAUUUCAUAA